UACAUACCCAUCCCUCUAAUUUCUCCAACACUUGACUUAACCGGGCCUGCCCUAUUCCAUGUUGGUUUCACUUGUUCCGACCUCAGCUGUCCCCUCUCUUGGCCUGCUUGUCUCGGUUCAGUGCAACCUCCGCCUUCCGGGUUCCAGCGGUUCUCCUGCCUCAGCCUCCAGAGUAGCUGGGUGCAGGUGCAUACCACUACGCCCGGGUAAUUUUUUUUUGAGAUGCCCAGGCUGGAACUCCUGAGCUCAGGUGAUCCGCCCGGCUCAGCCUCCCAAAGUGCUGGGAUUACAGGCGUGAGCCACCGCCUCUGGUCCGGACUCUUGCCCUGCUUCCAAGUGCUAGCUAACCUGUGAGCGUUUCGCCUGUCCCCUUUAUUUGCCAUCCUCAGUGGUGACUCACUUGUCUUCCUUUCUGUGCGUCAACUUUCCUUUGCAUUUUCACUUGCUUAUCCUCACCUGCUCUGCUUUUAUCUACUAGCUUACAUUCCUGACUCGCACCUGAUGCCGGUACGCCCUCACCCGACCCCACCAGGUCAAAGUUUCUUCGUCCCCAGAUUCCCGUGUGCUCUCCAGCGGGCGGGGCCUCGCUGGAAGACGGGAAAGCGGAACUUCAGUCCAACCAUGAAGCACCUGUUAGUUUCUGAUACGGAAAGGGCGGUGCCUUAUGGAGAAGCUGCCAAUAAAGAGCCGAGAUGAAAGGGGUGGGUGAGCCAAUGAGACUAGGAGACAGGAUCGGGGGGUGAUCUGGAAAGCGCGAUCAGUGAAGUGGACGAACGGCAGGACAAGGCCGGUCUAGUGACAGGAAUGGGCCGAUGAAGCUCUGUAGGGACGAUGGGUAGGCCGAUCGGGCCGUGUCCUCGGCGUCCCGACCCGACGGAAUUUGGAAAUCCCGGGGCUACUCAUACAUUGAGCUUUUAGGAGCGGAGGAGAAAAGCCACCACCCCGACGAUCCCGGCUCUCGCACCACCUUUACUUAGGUGGCCCGGCAGCGGAAGUGACGAACACGGAAGUGGUUUUCUGUUGCCGAGGGGACGGGCCAGGCAGAUGCCAACAUGGCAGCGGUUGGGGCUGGUGGUUCUACCGCGGCGCCCGGGCCAGGGGCGGUUUCCGCGGGUGUAUUGGAGCCGGGGACCGCGAGUGCGGGUGAGAGUCUGUGCCCGAGCGGUCGCAUGGGAGGCGGAGCUCACAGGCGCCUGAAGUACAUAUCCCUAGCUGUGCUGGUGGUCCAGAAUGCCUCCCUUAUCCUCAGCAUCCGCUACGCCCGCACGUUGCCAGGGGACCGCUUCUUUGCCACCACUGCUGUGGUCAUGGCGGAAGUGCUCAAAGGUCUCACCUGCCUGCUGCUGCUCUUCGCACAGAAGAGGGGUAACGUGAAGCACCUGGUUCUCUUCCUCCAUGAGGCCGUCCUGGUGCAGUAUGUGGACACACUCAAGCUCGCAGUGCCCUCUCUCAUCUACACCUUGCAGAAUAACCUCCAGUAUGUUGCCAUCUCUAACCUACCAGCUGCCACUUUCCAGGUGACAUACCAGCUGAAGAUCCUGACCACAGCGCUGUUCUCCGUGCUCAUGCUGAAUCGCAGCCUUUCCCGGCUGCAGUGGGCCUCCCUGCUGCUCCUCUUCACUGGCGUCGCCAUUGUCCAGGCACAGCAAGCCGGUGGGGGAGGCCCACGGCCACUGGAUCAGAACCCUGGGGCAGGCCUGGCAGCCGUCGUGGCCUCCUGUCUCUCCUCCGGCUUCGCAGGUGUCUACUUUGAGAAGAUCCUCAAAGGCAGCUCAGGCUCCGUGUGGCUGCGCAACCUGCAACUGGGCCUCUUCGGCACAGCACUGGGCCUGGUGGGGCUCUGGUGGGCUGAGGGUACCGCCGUGGCCACCCGCGGUUUCUUUUUUGGGUACACGCCUGCUGUCUGGGGCGUGGUGCUCAACCAGGCCUUCGGCGGGCUACUGGUGGCUGUGGUUGUCAAGUACGCUGACAAUAUCCUCAAGGGCUUUGCCACUUCCCUGUCCAUUGUGCUGUCCACUGUUGCCUCCAUUCGCCUCUUUGGCUUCCACGUGGACCCAUUAUUUGCCCUUGGCGCUGGACUCGUCAUUGGUGCUGUCUACCUCUACAGCCUUCCCCGAGGUGCAGCCAAAGCCAUAGCCUCUGCCUCUGCCUCUGCCUCCGCCUCCGGGCCCUGCGUUCACCAGCAGCCUCCCGGGCAGCCACCGCCACCGCAGCUGUCUUCCCACCGUGGAGACCUCAUCACGGAGCCCUUUCUGCCAAAGUCAGUGCUGGUGAAGUGAGGGCUGGCAGCAAUGGGGGGACACAAGGGAGGGGGACUGGGGUGGAGGGUGUUGGGCAUCUGCAGGACCCAAGUCGCCGCCCUCCGGGGCCUGGCUCCUCUGGGUUUGGGAGAUGGUCUUUUCUCCCAGGUCACUGAGACUUCUGGAGGGGUGUGGGACUAGAGCUCGCUGUCACGUGAACCCUUCCUGGUAGGCUGACCCCAUUCCCCUGGAGGGGGUUUUAGAGCUGCCACCUCUGCUCCCUCUAACCUCUUUGGAGGCAGGGUUGGGGGUACUGUCAUUCAAGGCCUCUUUUUUUUUUGUCUGUCCCCUCCCCGACCCUGUGCCCUCUUCUGGAAGUGUCUCGUCUGGGAGAGUCCCUCCCAGCAGUCCCUCCACCUCCAUAAGGACACACUGGACAAAACUCCCGCAGCUCUUCAGGAAUGACUGAUGCCUACCUGUGGCGUUCAUUUGCCCAUAGUUUGAGGCCUUCUCUUCUCCCUUACCACUGCUCUGGAUCAUGUUACCAGUUCCGUCUUUUGUGUGGCCUUGGGCCAGCUUCCUUGACACCUUGAAGAUGGGCUUCUUGUGAGUCCCCAGGGAGAAAGGGACAAGAGCUAAGAUUUUUGCAUCAGCCCUUCUGGCAGAAGGUGUGGUAGGGGCCAUUUGUUUUUUUUAGUUGACUUGGAAUUUGUGGUAUAAUCAUAUUAUUAUUGAUCCAGGGUGUGGGAAAAAUGGAGGUCCUUGAAGUGGCUGAAUCUCAUUGUAUUUAAAACACUGUCAGUUGCCAGAUGUAGGGUUAUUUUUGGAGACGUCUAGGAGAGGAAAAAUAAAGCUGCCAAUCAUACUCUUGAUAUCCGUCUGGCUGUGUGAAGCACCCCUACCUCAUGGGGGUGUCUUGGGAUUGAUGAACUGUGGAACCUGCCUCUUGCGCUCCCCAAAGCUUAUUAACCCCUUAACUGUAUCGGGGCGGGGUGUGUGUGUGCAUGGAAGAUGCCUGGGCUGUCUUUGCUAUAUGUAAAUAGAGCCAUUGGAUCUUUAUUUUUGAUUGAUUAAUUUGUUCUGAUUUUUUGGUUUGUUUUUUAAGGAACUGUAAUGAACAAAUGUCAGGAUAUCCAAUGCCAAAUAAAGAUGUUGUAUUUAUUUA